GGCGUGACGCGCCGCGCGUGCGCGGCGGCCGCCAUCUCCCUUCGCCCCGCCGGGAGCCAUCUUGAGCGCGCGCCGCCCCACUCGCCUCUUCCCGCCCGCUGCCGCCAUCUUGGGUGUGGCGCGCCGCCAUGUUGAGUGUGGCGUUAGGCCGCCUCGCCCCCGCUGCCUGCCCGUGGAGCGGGCGGGAUGUCGGUGUGUGCGCUGCCAUUGUGCGGGCUGAGCGUGGGGUGGGCGUGAGGGGAGUGUGAGGGACAUAGGAGAUAAAGAAGUGAGAGAGGAGCGUGAAGAGGGCCAUCUCCAGUGUCCCAGGAAGGGCUUGGACAUCAGGAUUGUAAGCAGUGGGUUUCUGUGCACAGCCGGUGUUUUCCAAGGAGAGCUGAUCCACACAUACCUCCCAAGGAAAACUGGCUUGGGAAGGCCCUGCAUCCCGAGUGCGUAACCCUGCAGCCACCCGAGCAUCCCCGCCGCGGGUGUCGGCCUGCCCCGAGCCGUGAGCGCCUCCUCGCUGCCCUCUCCUGGCCCCUGCCGACGCUGCAGAGGUCGGAGCCUCCUCGCUGCCCUACGCCCCUUCUGCUUUGUGCAGUUCUUCAGGGUACGGUCACUGUCGCUUAAGCUCAAGGCUGCCCGGGGGCCUAGGCAGUGACGUGCAGUGCCAGGAGCACUGCCUCGCUGUCCCCAGGGGAUCUGGCGGUGUUGCCUUCCACCUGAACAUCACACAGGGUGGGUGAAUCUGACUGCAUCACACAACAGAGUCAUGUAGAAAUGCCUCUAAAUUUUCUUGCGCUUAUAUACAUCAAGGAAGAUAGGUUUACUUCCUGCUCACAAUGUGCCAGUUAAUCUCCAGGCAUUAAUGAAACUUCACCUUUUGGCGAGGACUGUCAGUCACAGCAGCUCCCCUUACACCCGCAGCAGAUGCGCUCCUGUUGCCUUCCUCCUCCUACCCAGCACUGGGUUGAUUUCAGACAAUUGUUGCCUUUCAAACUCUAUUGAUUCCCUUUUUACAACUAAUUCCAGUGAUAAACAUUUAUAAACAGUGAUGGGAUCUUCCCUGUGCAGUGAAGAAUGCCAUCCCACAGACACAGAAAUGUGGCUCUCCUUCAGUCCCAGCCUUUUUCCUUGGCACUAUACCAAUCAGCACUUUGCUGAUUACUGAUAAUUUAGCUGGUUAUGCUCAGAGCUGCAUGUGUCAGUUUGUGUUAGUGACAAAACUGGUCUGUUUAAAACAAACAAACAGAACAUUUAAAACACUAACACAUACCUAUUAAAAGUAUUCACUGGUAUGACAUUUUAGCCCUGCUCUUUGCAAAAGUUUCUGACCCAAUCGUUCACUGUGGAGCCCUGGGUUCCCACCUUCUCCUUGUACUGUCUGUGAUGGGUACACACAAGAAGCACGGCUGCUGCUGUGGUUCAUUAUGAGGGGAUCUGCGCUGCCUCAGGGAAUUUUAGACUCCAACUACUGAGGAAAGUUGAAAACUGCUGUUCUACUUGGUCUGAAAAAUGAUUUAGAUCUCCAUAGGCACCUGGUGCUUUUCAUUUUAUUCUUGCAAGAGCUUAAUUACACGAGUGAUUCUAGUAACUGUUAACACUGAAACUGACAAGAAUAAAAUACUGCAUUGCAAUCACCUUUCUCCAUGAAGUUAAGCACAUGCUUAAGGGAUUUAUGAGAGCACGGCCUCCCUGCACACUCAGACAUUUCCAGACAGAGGAAUUCUUCCCCGUACGUCCGUGGGUGCUCGACUGACUCCAGUUCAGCUGAUUGCUCAGACCCGCAGAUGUGACUGAGAGCAGCCAGGGACAGCAGCCACGGAUACUCAGCCUCCACAAUAACUCACAGCAGUCUCUCUUCUAUCUGAUAGCACCGUGCAGAGCCCGACAUUUAAAUGAUCCCCCAUGCAGCCCCAUGGCCCUGACACAAGCAACCCCUGAGCCCCUGUUUGCUGUACCAGAAUGUUACAGAAGUGCUGGUACCCCUGCCUCCCUCCUGCUCCAUUGCUCCCCAACCCACACGGGGCUGGGCAGAUAUCCCUGGGAAAAAUAAACUCUGUCACCUGAGACCUGUGGAGCUGCUGCAGUGAAAGAAGGGAAACCCAGGAGACUUCUCCGUGCCCAGCUUCUGCUCUCCUCCCUGGGGGCUGAUUUUGGCUGCCUGCACACCCAUUAAAGACCUGCACCAUCAGCAUGGGCUGAGAUGCCCCUCAGAUCAGUUUUGUUCAGCCACCGAAAAGCUGUGCAAGCUGGAGAUAAUCCAGAGCAAAAAGGCUUUGCAAAUAAUACUGGUAGUGCAAAUACCACCUGGCUGAGCUCUGCGGCACUUAGUCAGGAACCCAAAUCCUUCAGACUGAUUAACACAUCUUGCCCUCAAGCACUUUGCCUUAGACUCUGCUUUUAAGUUCAUAUUUGUUGAAAUAUUCCUCCUCACAAAGCACCCGGAGCUGAGUGGCCAAGGUGCAAAUUGAUGGACAUAAGAAUAAGGCAUCCUGCAUUUUGAAUAGUGACAGAAUACAUGUUUGUGGUUCUGAAAGCAGACUGCCGUACAUCAGCCUGUUUCAGCCCCCUGAAGCAUGGAGAUGGGCAACAGGAAGGAGCACGCCUGCAAAGCCCCAGCACAUAGCUACUGCUACCACUCCCAGCCACCACCACAAGCGGGGACACUUGAUCACUGCGUGGCUGCAACCCUUGUGGUUCCAAUUCAGUCCCAUAAUUAUUUCACCAAGGGGAGAUGAACAGCCAAGUGGAGAAAGUAAGUUGGCCUCGAAAGCUUCUGAGUUCUCAACAGUUAAAGUCAGAGAUCUGCAGGCAGUUGCAAGGCGUUUCCAGAAGAUGGUCUGUGUUCUCCAGAGCCCUCUUCCAGCCACAGCAGCAGUAGGCCCAUUGACCUGCGAGCUGGCUCCAUUCGGGAACAAAUGCGCUUAGAUAACACUUGGCUCAAAGAGCAAAACAAACAGGAAAGCCCCGGGAGCGCCCUGUGAAGGUUUCCAUGAUCACACAUAGCAAACUGAUCCCAGAAAGCGAGGCAGCCAGGUUUAAUAGCGGGCAGCACGGGUCGGACUCAGCCCUGCAGAACGCUAAGGCACGUGCUCACCUCCAGCAGGACUCGAGUAGGCGUUUGGGGUGGACUGCGGCCAUGGGACAAUCAGCCUCCCCUGCUCCCCUUUCACAGGCUCGCAUGCUUCUCACCAGCAGAGGAAUCUAUGCGAAACAUCCACUUGAUUAAAUGCAGAUGCAGCCAGUGUUACAGGGAAUUGGGCGGCGUAAUAGACGGCUUUGUCCAUUAAAAAAAAAAAAAAAAGCAGUGGAACACAGAGCUGCACUGACAGCCCAAAGGCCACAAAGGUGAACAAACCAGAAAGACCCAAAGCGUGACAUGAUUUGUAGCAGAGUAACCAAUUUAUGCCUGUACCUCAUGCAGAAAGCAGGUAAUCCAGCACAGCCCUGGUGGAGAGCACAGCUCUCUGCAGCAUCCCUCAGCCACUGGGCUUUCUGCCUGAAACAGGACAGCCCUCGCAAACCAACACACAGCAUCUGCAGGCACCUCUGCAACAGGCAUCAGCCGGCAGCUUUCUGAUGCAAAGAUGCAUUCCUGACUCAGACCGUUAGUCUGGAUUAAUGCUGGCUAGCUAGGAAUGAACUUCUCUGAGUCAUCCCCCCGAGACAUCGGGGCCCCUAAAAUAGCAACAACAACAGAAUACACAGAAAGACUGGAAUAUUUUCACCACGGGCCGUGAUCACAACAUUUUACAUAAGUCCGGUGAAGAGCCCACCAACACAAACUGAAAUGAGGAUUCACCGCCAGCCACAGCACUCCUUGUCAGGGCACCCACUGAUGUGCCCCCACACAGCCCCAUUUGGGCCUUGCUCACGAGCCCACGCUCCAGGAGCUCCACUGGCAUUCCAGCCUGGAGAGCUGCCUCCUUGUGGAGCUGUGCUGCAGGGGGAUGUGCUGCCAGGCUGCCCAAGGCUGACCCUGGACUUCAGCUGGAUCCUCACUUUUACGCAGUGCCCACCGGGCUGCAGACCGCCAUGCUUUGCCCUCCUGGCCCUGGCGUUGCAGGGUGGCUGAGGUUGCUGCCCGCGUUGUGCCCAUCUUUGGGUUUUGGUUCAGGUUCCCCCGGUGGGACAGGCAGCCCCCGGUGCGCACGGGAUUGUGGCGGGCUGCACUGCUGGAUAUGGGCUGAGCUCCACCAAAACUUCCCUACAGCCCGCACAGCCGAACCCCUGCCUCCGUCCCUCGCACCCGAGGGACGCUCCCUAGAAUGACGCUGGGGCAGGCGGGACCAGAAGCCUACCAGCCCCCCGUUACAGCCCUCAGCCCCACCCCCCCGUGCCGGGCGUGCUCCCGAGGCCGCACCCCGCGGGGCGGACGCAGCGGCGCGGUCCUCCCAUCCGCACGGACAUGGCAGCCGUUGCCAUAGCGGCGCGGGCGCUGCUGCUCCUGGCCGCGGUGGGUCCGGCGGCCGCGCUAUGGCCGCAGCCGCAGCUGCAGCGCUCCCCGCCGGCUCCCGCCCGCUGCCCGCUGCCCCCCGCCCGCUUCCACUUCGCGCACGCCGCCGGCUCCGCCGUGGGGCCGGGCUGUGCCGUGCUGGACGAGGCCUUCCAGCGGUACCGGGCGCUGAUCUUCUCCGCGGCGCGGCCCGCAGAGAACAAGCAGCCCUGGAGGACAUCCUGUACUGAACUCCUCGUCUCUGUCGCCACACCAGGCUGCAAUGGCUUUCCCAGUCUGGACUCCAAGGAGAGCUAUAAACUGAAUAUCUCAAGAGACUCCAUGCUGCUCUAUGCCGAUGCUGUAUGGGGAGCUCUCAGAGGCCUGGAGACAUUCAGCCAGCUUGUUGGGAGGGAUGAGAAUGGCAUGUACUAUAUCAAUGAGACAGAAAUUGUGGACUUUCCCCGCUUCCCUCACCGAGGCCUGUUGCUGGACACCUCUCGCCACUACCUGCCUCUGAAAGCCAUCCUGGAAACUCUGGAUGUCAUGGCUUACAACAAAUUAAAUGUGUUUCACUGGCACAUUGUGGACGACCCAUCUUUUCCAUAUGAGAGCUUUACUUUCCCAGAGCUCAGCAAGCAGGGAGCCUUCAAUGCCAUGACCCAUGUGUACACAGCCAGUGAUGUGCAGACAGUAAUCGAGUAUGCUCGUCUCCGUGGCAUCAGAGUCAUUGCAGAGUUUGACACACCUGGGCACACACUCUCCUGGGGUCCAGGUGCUCCAGGCCUCCUGACACCCUGCUAUUUGGGCAAGGAUCCUUCUGGGACCUAUGGGCCAAUCAACCCCAUCUUCAACACCACCUACCAGUUUGUGACCAGUUUGUUUCAGGAGAUCAGCUCAGUGUUCCCAGACCACUUUAUUCACCUCGGUGGCGAUGAGGUGGACUUCACAUGCUGGAAGUCCAAUCCAGAAAUUCUUGCCUUCAUGAAGAAGAUGGGCUUUGGUGAAGAUUACACAAAAUUAGAAUCAUACUACAUCCAGAGGCUCCUGGACAUCGUCUCUUCCCUUGGCAAGGGCUAUAUGGUGUGGCAGGAGGUGUUUGACAAUGGAGUGAAGGUGAGGCCAGACACGAUCAUCCACGUGUGGAAGAACAAUCUGCCAUAUGCGGAGGAGAUGGCGAAUGUCACCAAGUCUGGCUACAGGGCUCUCCUCUCUGCCCCCUGGUACCUCAACCGCAUCUCCUAUGGGCAGGACUGGAUGGCAGCCUACCAGGUGGAGCCCUUGAAGUUCAAAGGCAGCUCUAAGCAGAAGGAUCUGGUGAUUGGCGGGGAGGCAUGCAUGUGGGGUGAAUACGUGGACGUCACCAACUUGACCCCCAGACUCUGGCCGAGAGCCGGGGCUGUGGCUGAGAGACUUUGGAGUAAUGCAACAGUGAGGAACCUGCAAGAUGCUUAUGUGCGGUUGGCUGACUUCCGCUGCGAGCUUCUCAGGCGUGGUGUCCAGGCAGAGCCUCUCUUCAUAGGCUACUGUGAUCAUGAAUUCGGUGGGUUUUGAAAGGAGAAUCCCACUGUCCUCUGUCUCUGCACACCAGAGGAAUGAUCUCUUGCUCUCUCAAAAGCUGCUGGCAUGGUAAAGGGACCCCUUUCCUCCCUGUGCUUCCUCUCUUGCAUUGUUGCAAUGAACGUUUUUUUUCUUAGUGUGCACUCUUUGCCUCUUUUUCUAUUUUGGUUUCUUUAAAUCUAUGAAUAAAUGACCUCACGGAGAAAAAGGUGCCUUUUCAUACUCAGCUGGGGCUUGGGAAGACCACACCAGGGCUUUUGUUAGCAGGAGAUGGAUAGGUCCCACUCUGGGGCAGGCUGCUUCCAGAGAUGUUGGUGGAGGAGCAUCUGGCUACACCUCACCCUGCUGUCUCUGGAGCUUACUGGAUGCCUGCUCAGCUGGAUAAGCUGUGCUUAGUCUCUGCCGAUAUCCCAGAUUUCAUGUCUGCUAAGAGAAUGUAGUGCCCAGUUGUACAGCCAUGUGUGCAGGGGGGAAACUGGUGUGUAGCUGGCCUGCUAACGCCAGGACAUCACUGCCACCUUGAUUCUGCUUCUGUGGUUUCCUGCACGCCAACACUGCUGUGUCACCUGUUGCUUCCUGUCCUCUCUGUCUCAUCUCUCUGUACCUCAGCCACAUCCAAGCAGGAGGCCUGUCUCCAAGCCACCAUCUCUGCUGCCCUAAACCCUGUCUGCUCCUACUCAAAGCCUCUCACAGACCUCGCAGCCCUGCUGAGCUGGGUGCAUGGAUGUCAUGGAGUCACAGCUCAACUCUUCAGUCAGCUGUGGCCUCUAAGGACUUGGCCAAAUUAUCUGUCCUGCUGCUGCUCUGUAGUCCUUGGAGAAGCUCAUCUCUGGUUCUCCUGCAGCCGAGUGGUUUGGUUUGAACACACCUCCUUGGAGAAGAGGCUGCUGUUGCCACAUUGCGGAGCAGGGACAAUCAUGGUUCUGGUCUUUUGAUGGUUAGGGUUGCCUGCUGGAACUCCCAUCCAGUUUGAGUGUGAGGAUCUCUCUAGGAGAAAUCCUGAAAGCCAGGACUCUUAUGUAUGCAUUCCGGUCUGAAAUGAGUGAGAUCUGCUGUUUGUCCUCUGUUGUGGCUGGAAACUUAUUAUUAUUGUUAAUUUGGAAUUAAAAUCACUCCUAAAUCA